GUUCCCCCUUUUCCCAUGAUUCCACGUUACUCAACCCAAGAUCUCCUGUGCAAUCUCGAUUCUCCACUCUGCCUUCAUUUUCCCUCUCGAAAAUCAAUGGUCGUCCAUCCUUGGCAAUCUGUCACCAAAUCGACGAGUUAGGGUUUCUGUUGGGUUCAGUUUUUGUGGGGACUUCAGGGGACACUACAUCUCCGUCAGCCAUGGCCACCAACUUGCAGAUGAGCCCUCAGUUGGAGCAGAUCCAUGGUGAAAUUCGCGACCACUUCCGAGCCCUCGCAAAUGGCUUCCAGAAGCUUGAUAAGAUUAAAGAUUCCAAUAGACAAAGUAAACAGCUGGAAGAACUCACAGCGAAAAUGAGGGAAUGCAAAAGGUUGAUAAAAGAGUUUGAUCGUGAAAUUAAAGAUGAAGAGGGCAGAAAUCCUCCAGAAGUGAACAGGCAACUAAAUGAUGAAAAGCAAUCAAUGAUCAAGGAGCUAAACUCUUAUGUGGGUUUGAGAAAAACGUACAUGAAUACCAUUGGUAAUAAGAAGCUUGAACUCUUUGACAUGGGAGCUGGAUCUAGUGAACCUACAGCUGAAGAAAAUGUUCAAAUGGCAUCAACUAUGUCAAAUCAAGAACUUGUUGAUGCUGGGAUGAAGAGAAUGGAUGAGACUGAUCAGGCGAUUGAACGAUCCAAACAGGUUGUACAUCAAACGAUUGAGGUGGGCACCCAAACUGCCUCUACCUUGAAGGGCCAAACUGAUCAAAUGGGCCGCAUUGUGAAUGAUCUGGAUUCAAUUCAGUUCUCUAUUAAGAAGGCCUCCCAGCUCGUGAAAGAAAUUGGUAGACAGGUGGCUACAGAUAAGUGCAUCAUGCUAUUUUUGUUCCUUAUCGUCUGUGGUGUUAUAGCCAUUAUUGUUGUGAAGAUUGUGAAUCCCAGCAACAAGAACAUUAGGGACAUCCCUGGGUUGGCGCCACCAGUUCCCUCUAGGAGGCUUUUGUACGCAAGGACUGGACAACAUAUUGAUUAAUUUUUAUUUUGAUGGGGCUUUCUCUGUCCUACCAUGCUGACUCCUAUUCUCAGUUUAUUGGAAGACUGAGGAUUGCUGUUUGGGGGAUUUAGUUGUAUCAUUUGAUUUUGUUUUUUUCCCUUGCCUGAGUUCUUGUCCUGUCUGUGAUUUAUUUGUAAAUCACGCGAGAGCCCUUUUUGCUUUUCGAUUGCCCGUGCUUCUUCAUGUAACACGCCAAAAAUGUUCAGGGCUUAGACAGAAUGUUCCUCGCUGUACAUGCCCUUUUCAAAGAUGUACCCCCUCUCCUUUUUCUCCUCUCUCUCUCUCUCUCUCUCUCUCUCUCUCUCUCUGCGUUGAUAUCUGUAAUUUAUGGCUGUACUCGAAUGCGUCCUCCGGUUCUGUGUUGCACAUAAAUUACUUGUGUUUUCAGUGUC